AUGGUACUUGCCCAUGGAAGCCACACAGCUAGAAAGAUCCGCACGCUGUCCUUCGUUCUAGUCUUGGCCACCUACAUUCUCACAGUAACUGCCAGCGUAAUCAUCAUCUCACUCAUUAAGACAAAUCAUAAACUGCAGCGCCCCAUGUAUUACUUCCUGGGUAAUUUCUCCUUCAUGUAGAUUUGGUACACAAUAUCCACUGUGCCCAAGAUGCUGGAAAGUUUCCUGGUUGGCGGGAGUACGGUCUCUGUGGCAGGCUGCAUCUCCCAGCUCUACCUUUUCUUUGCCUUGGGCUCCACUGAAUGUUUCUUGUUAGUGACUAUGGCCUAUGAUGGCUACUUGGCUAUCUGCUGCCCUCUGCAUUAUCCAACCCUUAUGACACUGCAAAUAAGUACCCGUAUGGUGACAGCAGCCUGGGUGGCUGGAUUCCUCGCCCCCUUGGUUCCUAUUGUCCUCAUUUCUCAGCUCUCCUUCUGUGGGCCUAAGGAAAUCCACCAUUUCUUCUGUUAUGCUGGGCCCCUGCUGAGGCACUCAUGUGGUUCUGCCUUUCUCAGCUCAACACUUGUGACAGUGUUGGCCUCCAUGGUCAUCGUCAGCACCUGUACACUCAUCAUGGUAUCCUACACCAUGGCACCUACCUGGUGGAAUGAGCUCCCAUAUGAGAUCAGGGCCCUUCUGGACUUGCAAAAUGAAGCUCUUCCUCCAGACUUUUAA